AUGCAGCCGCGUGAGAGCUAUGGGCUAUCACUCGAACAGUUCGAGGCUGCGGAAGAACAAGUGCAGGAGGAUCAGCUAGACGCGAAAUUCGAGCAAGAAGUGAACGAACUCGAUGAUCUUGCACAGAGAGCCUCUUCCUUUCAUGAUCAGUCAGUGGAGCUGUACAAGAAGAUUGAGAGCGAGAUGGAGUUCAACCAAAGACUCAUGCAUGCGAUCAAGAAUGCGAUGCCAGAGAUCGACGCCAUGCAGAGGAAGCCCUCUGAGAGGACCAACAACGUGGCUGCGAUGGGACUAAUGAGCCGACAGGAAGUCGAUACGAUGGACACAUGGGAUGACAUGCAGACAAGCUACUUCCCCGCGGAGAUCGGUAGCUCUCCUGUUCACGCCAUGCCGAGGAUGGGCAGGGAAGGCGGGAAGAUGUUGCAUGAAAGCCUGCGAGCCGGGUCGUCGAUUCCUCACCUUAGAGGAGGAGGAAACGUCCUGGCGUUGGCAGAGGAGAAGCCCUACACAAGUCAGGAGAGGAAGCUCAACAGGCGUCUCUGCAAGGCCGUUGGCAACGGAAACGAGACAGCGAUCCGAUCGCUCAUCAAGGAGGGUGCGGAUCCAAACUACAAGGGAUGCUCCCCUCUAGGGUUCAGCGUGAUGCAUGAAGCCGUGAACAGCAAGCAGAUCCGAAGCGUCGAAGUUCUUCACUCGCUGGGAGCAGACGUGACCGUAAGAGACUCUCUCGGCUGGAACCUCCUGCAUCAGGCGGCGAACAACGGAGACAUGGAGAUGUGCGUCAAGCUUGCCAAGAUGGGGGUCUCUGUGGACACGAAGAACAAUGCUGGAAGGACGCCGUCGACCGUCGCCAAGACAGCUGGAGCGCGAGAGUGCUACAAGCAGCUGAUGCAGAUGGAGAUGGACUUCAUCAAGAGCAAGGCGCAAAGGCCUGUGGAGGAGGAGGAGGACGAUGACGAUGUGAGUGAAGCUGAUCGCGUUGAUGUCUUGACCUUGUCUCACCCUCGUUACCAGGACGAGGAGGACGACGACGAGGACCAAGAGGAGGCACAGCUGAAAAAGCAGCUGGAGGAGGAGCGUGCGGAGCAGGAGAAAAAGUUGGCGCAGAAGAAGUCGAGCAGCAAGCAGAAGCAGUAG